GGACAAUUUAAUGGAUUUUAUUAAGUGACUUGACCCAUCCCGAAAUUCUCAAUAAACCCCAACUGCCGUUUUAUCCUUCCCACUUUUCAUAGUGCUCCCCUCUACUCUCUCCUUCCACAAAAGCAGUGAGUGAUAAAAGUUCCAAUGCUUGGUUGUUCGGGUUAAUACGAAGAUAACUUCUUUGUGAGUUCUUGGACUAUAGAGUUCGUGAUCAUGUCAUUCACAACUUCUAUGUAUCAUGGCGGAUGCCCACUAGAACAAGCCAAGACUACAGGAUGCUUAGCAUCCGCUCAACUUAGUAAUUUCAUACUUUUUCCGAACCUUGUUUAUUCAAAUUGGAAAUGCUCAAAACCUAGAUUUUAUCAGGCCCGAAAUGGGGGCUGUAGAAUCAUUUUCAUGGACAAAGGGUGUAGGCAACAGCUUAGGGUCCGAAGUUCAGAGAGCGGAUUUGAGGCACUGGAUGUUGAGGUGCAAGAUGAUGGGGAGCUUGAUGGACCUCAAAAGAGGUUUAGGGAAAGAGGAGACGAGAAAGAUUACGACCGAGACCCAGAAUUUGCUGAAAUUCUUGGAAGCUGCCUCGAUGACCCGGAUAAGGCUCAGUCCAAAAUGGAAGAAAGGUUGAGGAAGAAAAGGAACAAAAUACUGCAUACAAAAACUGGUUCCGGCUCACCCAUGAAAGUCACUUUCAACAAAUUUGAUUUCUCUAAUUCAUAUAUAUGGUUCGAGUUUUACAAUCCCCCGCUGCAGAAAGAUGUUUCUUUGAUUUGUGAUGUGAUCCGAUCUUGGCAUAUAAUUGGACGUCUUGGUGGUUGCAAUUCAUUGAAUAUGCAGUUAUCACAAUCCCCGUUCGACAAAAGACUAAGUUAUGACGCUAUUGAAGGAGCAAAUGUUGAUCCAACCACCUUUUAUAACAUUGGGGAUCUUGAGAUUCAAGACAAUGUAGCAAGAAUAUGGGUUGAUAUUGGGACGAGUGAAUCACUGUUGCUAGAUGUCCUAUUGAAUGCAUUGACACAGAUAAGCUCUGAUUUUGUUGGCAUAAAACAAGUAGUGUUUGGUGGAUCUGAAUUCGAGAAUUGGAAGGAAAUCUUCACAGUAGAAGAUCCUGGUUGUAGUGUGCACAAGAUUUAAUAAGCAAAGUCAACCAUAUCUAGGAGGAGCUCAUCAUAAUUCAUAACAGUUGUUUGUGAUGAUUGAUCUUACGAAUUAAGAGAAGCCGGGGGGCAAUAAGGCGCCUUGCAUUUGGAACUCUUGGCAUGGGAGGAGUGGUGAUUAUUAUGACAAUGGAGUGGAUCUUCCUUCAACCAUGUUGCCUGUCAUAUCGUGGAUCAAAUUGAAAAGAGAGCUGUUUCUAUGUCAUCGACAACAAAGAUGACGGUACACCGGGUCAGACAACAGUUACUUAUAGAGUUAGAAAUUUCUGUUUGUGGUAUUAUCCAAGCAAUGAAAUCAACGGUUGUUUCAAGUUUUUUAGCAUAAAGGAAUUGGAGUUUCCUACCAUUCAUUUGUUCUUAUUUCUGCAAGUACACCACUAGUGGUUUUUAGAAUCUCACCUGAUUAUUACAUAAAUGAAAUUAUUUUAUCGCUUAAAACUUUAAAA